AUGAGCUAAUUCGAAACAAAUUCUUAAGCUCAAAUUUCAAAUCAAGAAAGGAGCAAACCAAGUUCUAAUCGAUAAUUAGGAACUUCUAAUUUAUAAAAUGGAUAAAAUGUUAAAAACAUAGAUAACAAUGAGUAUUCCAUUUAUGAUUAAACUUUAGGUUUGUUCCAAGAAGAUCUUCGCAAACAAAUAAGUAAGCAAUUUAUACCAUCUAGUUAUGGUUAUUCUUAAAACAUUCCUUAAGUUUAACAAUAUCCACAAUUCAAUUACCCUUUAAUUGGGUAAUAAACAAUGAAAGAAUAAGAAAACGAAGAAUAGAUUCAAAGAUUAACGAAAGAUAAUGAAACAUUGAGAUAUUAGUGGAGAACCUUAGAGUAAGAUAACUAAAAGUUGAAAAACGAUAAUCUUCAAUUAAGUAAUAGGGAUAAGAUUAAUAAUACGGAAAUAUAAGGAUUAUAGUAUGAUAUAUAUAAAUAUUCUAGGGAUCAAAUGUUUCAGUUAAAAAAUGAAAAUAAGAGAUUAAUGAAUACAAUUUAGGAUGAUCAAUAUCAGCUUUUAGAUUUAUAAAAAUUAAAAAAGCAAGUGGAACUAAAUAAAGGACUUGAAAUUUAGAUCUCUGAUUUAGAGUAGCAGCUUGCAAUGGCUAAUAAACAGGUUUAAGAACAAAAAAGAUAAAAUUCAUUUCAGGAUAGUGAGAUUUAGACACAAAAAGAUACUAUUGAGAAAUUCAAGGCCCAGCUUAAAGAGUUAACAUAAAAUAACGAUGCACAAAGUUAAAAAAACGAUUCGCUCUUAAACGAUAAUCGAAAGAUGAAAUAAGCAUUAGAUAUGAUCAAUAAAGAAUUUACAAACCAAUAAGAAUAAAAUUAAGUGUUAAUUUAAAAAAUCAAUCAGCUAAAUUAGGGAUCCAAGGAUUAGAUAAAUAAUCUAUAGAAAAAUAUCUAAAACCUCAAUUUUUAGAAUGAUCAAUUAAAAAAUUAAAUCCUCCAGCUUCAAUAAAAAGAAAAAGAGCUACAAAAUGCAUAGAAUAUAGAUGCAAUAAUAAAUUUCAGACUGUAAUUUUUGAUAUAAAUUUUAGAAUAAAGACAGAUUGACCAGUAUGUAAUGACUAUAUAAACAGGAAAGAAUGAGUAUCAAAAGUUAGCUCUCAAAAGUUAAUCAUAAGAAUAGGAUAUGUGGAAGAUGAAAGAAUAAGUUAAUCAAUUAAAUACAUAAAACCAAAUGUUACAAAAUAAAUGUUAUCAGCUUGAAAGAUCGAUUGAAGAUAGUUUAUCUAAAUCACAAAUAUAAUCUGCAGAUUUAAAAGGAACCCUUGAUAGAUGGAAAAACUAUGGAUUAUCAUUAGAAUAAGAAAUAAAGAAAAGAGAAGUUGCAUUACUUCAAUUAGAAAAUGAAUAUGUGCAUCUGCAAAGCCAAUUAAAAGGUGCUUAAGAAAAUGAAGUCUAAUUCAGAAAUGAGAGAGCAAUAACAUUAUAGAAAAUGAAAGAAAUGCAUGAUGAUCUGUUACUGUAUGAAAAGAAAUGUAAUUAAUUAGAAAGAGAUUUAUAAUAAUAGUAGGAGUAAAACAACAUUGCCGUACAAAAUCAAGGAAGGUUAGAACAAGAGAAGCAGCAAUUAAAUUAAGAAGUGAAAAAUUUAAUGGAUGAAUUGCAUAGGACAUAAAAUUAAAAUGAUUUGAAAUAAAGGGAAUUUGAUGCAAUUUAAAUGAAAUAUGAUUCUGAAAACAAUGCCAAAGAUAGAGAAGUUUAAAACUUGCAUUUAUAAAACAGUAUGCUUUAAGAAAAAAAUAAUUAAUUAGAAAAUGAUUUAGCAAGGGAAAAGGAACAAUUAUUUUAGAUGGAAUCUAGAAUCAGGAGUUUAGAGGCUGAAAUCCAAAAUCUUCAGUUUAAACAAACCUUAAAAUAAUAAUAUUCGUGGAACUAAGAAGUACCAAAUAAUCAGAGCAAUUAGAUAGAAUAAACAGAAAAUAGCCAAAUUUAUUCUGGAAUGGGUGGACCUUAUUCGAUUCAUGGAGGAUUUUAGAACUUCUAAUAAAACAAUAUUGGAGUACAUAAUUCUUAAAAACCAAAACCUAUGGAAGUGUAAAAUGCUCCUUUUUAAAUUAAUGAAUUUCCAGAUCAUAGGCGUACAAGCUCUUAGUAGCUUAUCAAAAGCAAAAAUUAUGAUUUAAGAUUCUAACAACAAUAAAAAAAUCAAUAUCAUUGA